AUGGACUUGGAAAAAGACCGCGAUCUUUUCUGGAUUGCGAGGGCUGGUUUAAAAGCACCGUUGCCAGCGCCCUGGAAGCCCUGCGAGUCUGAAGAUGGUGAGAUUUUCUAUUUCAACUUCGAGACAGGCGAAAGUGUUUGGGACCACCCGUGUGACGAACACUACCGCAAAGUCUACGAAAAGUACAAGGCGAAGAAGGAGGCCGAUCGCACGCCCGGGAACGACGAUUCGAAGAGGAAGGACAAGAAGGACAAGAAGGAAAAGAAACGUAAGAGUGGUUCAGGCGAUUCGUUGGGUGCUGACCUCCUCGAUGUCCCACCAAAGAUGGACCUCCCCAAGCCUGGUGAGUCGCUGUUCGGCAAGCCCAGCAAGAACAAGCUUGUCUUUGACUGCAAGCCAAAGGCUAAAGCACAAGCCACACAGCCGCAGGCGCCGGCGCCGGCGUCGACCGAUGCCGACAGUGCUUUUGAGACACAGAAAGCGAAGCUUGAGGCCGACCACCAAGAGAAGCUGCAGCGGCUUGAGAAACAGCACCAGGAAAUUCUUCGGCAGCUUGAGUCAGACUUUGAACGCCGGCGUGAUGAAAAAACUCAGCAGCUGGCUUUGGAGAUGGAGAGGAGGAGCCGUGCAGAUGCUGAGCGGCAGGUUGACGAGAAGCUGAAGACCUUGAAAGAGCAGCUGGAGCGUGAGAAGCGAUCCAGGCUUGAGAAGGAAGUUGAGGAGAAGCUGCGGCCAUCUGCAGCUGCCUUCGAGCGAGAUGCUCGGGCAAAGCUCGAGAGGGAGGCAGAGGAUCGCGUCAGAAGCACACUUCAUGAAGUUGAGAAGGCUCUUCAGGAAAAGUUCGAGAAGGAAGUUGAAAGCAAGGUGCGGCUGACGCUUCCCGACGUGGAGCGGCGCCUGCGAGCAGAGCUCGAAGAGGAAGCGCGCUCGCGAGUGUCGGCAGAUGGGGGCCGUGUCGAGAGGGAGGCGCAGGAUAGUUUGCUGAAGGAGGCAGAAGAGAAGACCAGGCGAAUGCUACCCGAGAUGGAAAGGGAGGCUCGCGCGAAGCUUGCAAAGCAGGCGGAGGAGGCGGCCGCCUCUGCGUUGCCGGAGCUUGAGCGGCAGGCUCGAGAGAAGCUGGUGGUCGAGGCGGAGGACAAGGUGAGGGCAACGGCAGCUGCAAGCAUCGAGAAGGAGAUUCGAGACCGACUCAGGAAGGAGGCCGAGGAGCGCAUCAAAGCUGAGCUUCCUGAGAUUGAGCGACAAGCCCGCGAACGCUUCAUGGCUCAGGGCCCGCCACCGCCUGCGCCGAUGACGCCAGUUGCCCCGGUCGAGCCGCCUGUCGCCGUCCCGUCGUUGAAGGUCGACGCUGCCCAGGCCGAGCACCUCGCACAACUUCAGCAAGUAGACAGGGAGCACCAGGAGAAGCUGCGGCAGUUGGAGGCAGACUUCGAACGCCGCUGCGAAGAGCGCACACAGCAGCUGACGGCAGAGCUCGAAAGGAAGAGUCGAACAGAUGCUGAAAGACAGGUUGAGGAGAAGACGCGGAGCUUUCGUGAGCAGUUGGAAAAGGAGAAGCGAGCGCAGCUGGAAAAGGAAGUUCAGGAGAAGCUGCGCCCUUCAACCGCAGCCUUCGAGCGAGAAGCCAGGGUGAUUCUUGAGAAGGAGGCAGAGGAGCGUGUCCGAAGCUCCAUCCCCGAGAUAGAACGCACGGUGAAGGAGAAGCUGGAGAAAGACGCGGAAGAGAAGGUUCGGGCUUCGCUACCACAGCUUGAGUCACGCCUUCAACAGGAGCUCGAAGCAGAUGCCCUCAAGCGCGUGUCGGCGGAUCGACAUCAGAUUGAAGAGGCAGCAAGGAGGCGGGUUGAGCAGGAAGCCGAAGACAAAGCCAGGCGAGGUCUGCCCGACAUGGAGAGAACCGCGCGGGAGAAGCUUCAGAAACAGGCCGAUGACACGGCUGCCGCUAUCGACAAGGUUGCGCUUGAGGCGGAGGUUGACGAGAAGCUGAAGACCUUGAAAGAGCAGCUGGAGCGUGAGAAGCGAUCCAGGCUUGAGAAGGAAGUUGAGGAGAAGCUGCGGCCAUCUGCAGCUGCCUUCGAGCGAGAUGCUCGGGCAAAGCUCGAGAGGGAGGCAGAGGAUCGCGUCAGAAGCACACUUCAUGAAGUUGAGAAGGCUCUUCAGGAAAAGUUCGAGAAGGAAGUUGAAAGCAAGGUGCGGCUGACGCUUCCCGACGUGGAGCGGCGCCUGCGAGCAGAGCUCGAAGAGGAAGCGCGCUCGCGAGUGUCGGCAGAUGGGGGCCGUGUCGAGAGGGAGGCGCAGGAUAGUUUGCUGAAGGAGGCAGAACAGAAGACCAGGCGAAUGCUACCCGAGAUGGAAAGGGAGGCUCGCGCGAAGCUUGCAAAGCAGGCGGAGGAGGCGGCCGCCUCUGCGUUGCCGGAGCUUGAGCGGCAGGCUCGAGAGAAGCUGGUGGUCGAGGCGGAGGACAAGGUGAGGGCAACGGCAGCUGCAAGCAUCGAGAAGGAGAUUCGAGACCGACUCAGGAAGGAGGCCGAGGAGCGCAUCAAAGCUGAGCUUCCUGAGAUUGAGCGACAAGCCCGCGAACGCUUCAUGGCUCAGGGCCCGCCACCGCCUGCGCCGAUGACGCCAGUUGCCCCGGUCGAGCCGCCUGUCGCCGUCCCGUCGUUGAAGGUCGACGCUGCCCAGGCCGAGCACCUCGCACAACUUCAGCAAGUAGACAGGGAGCACCAGGAGAAGCUGCGGCAGUUGGAGGCAGACUUCGAACGCCGCUGCGAAGAGCGCACACAGCAGCUGACGGCAGAGCUCGAAAGGAAGAGUCGAACAGAGGCUGAAAGACAGGUGGAGGCGAAGACGCGCAGCUUGCAUGAGCAGUUGGAGAAGGAGAAGCUAUUGCAGAUGCAAAAAGAAGUUCAAGAGAAGUUGCGCCCAUCAUCCGCAGUGCUCGAGCGGGAAGCGCGGGUCGUGCUGGAGAAAGAGGCCGAGGAGCGUGUCAGAAGCUCGAUCCCAGAGUUCGAGCGGGCGGUAAAGGAGAGGUUGGAAAGGGACGUGGAAGCAAAGGUGCGGGCUUCGCUGCCACAGCUUGAGUCACGCCUUCAACAGGAGCUCGAAGCAGAUGCCCUCCGGCGCGUUUCGGCAGAUCGAUAUCAGAUUGAAGAGGCAGCAAGGAGGCGGGUUGAGCAGGAAGCCGAAGACAAAGCCAGGAGAGGUCUUCCCGACAUGGAAAGAACCACGCGAGAAAAGCUUCAAAAGCAGGCUGAAGACACGGCCGCAGCCAUCGACAAGGUCGCUGUUGCGGCCGAGGAGAAGGUGCGGGCAACCGCCUCCAGCAUUGAGGCUGAGAUCCGAGAGCGUUUGCGGAGAGAGUCGGAAGACCGAAAGGCUGAGCUUCCUGUCCUGGACCGAGAGGAACGCGAGCGAAUUCGCAAGGAAGUCGAACAGCGUGAGGAGCUGAAAGUUCGUGAAGCCGCCGUGUUGGACAGACAACACCUCCUGGACGAGAGGGAGGAGGUCUUGAAGGGUGCAGAGAGACUUCUUCGCCGCCGCGAAGUUGAGAUAGAAGGCCAAGCGAUGCGCUGGGCGCAGAUGCAGACGACGCCUCGAAACCAGGGGGCCUCCGGCCUCGCAGGUACUUGGCCGAGCCCGGCCGCGGCGGCCGAAAGUGUGGAGCGUCCCACACUUGCAGUCACCACUCAAGUGGGGACGGCCGCGAUGCAAAGCAGCGGUGGUAAGAUCGGAACUGUCGAGUCGCUGGAUCUGUCGCCACAGGAUGCCUCUCCUGGAGAGGCCCAGGAGGCCAAGGCCGAGGGGGGCGAGGCUGCGCCACAAUCCACGACCAAUCAUCUCCUACCCGGAGAGGCUGUGGCACCUAUUCACGAGAAGGAGCUGGACGCGGAGAUCGAGGAGAUGCUUGCGUCCGUGGUCACCAUGAAGCCCCAGGCGCAAGCGGAGAGGACGAUUGAUCCUACAAAUGUAGCGUCCUCCCCGAGAGUUCGCAACCAGCGACAGGAGCAGCGAGGCCUAUGGGAGCUGACGCAGGGCCGGCGCCGGCAACUGAAAAAGCAGCGUGCAGCGCUGCUGGUUGAGCUUGAACGAUGGCGCCUCGACUGUGCUGGCGCCUCGCCGGCAGAGCGUCCGGAACUUGCGGAGAUGAAGAGCAGACUCGACGAACGCUAUGCACUCGUGCUGGAAGGCAUCCGAGAGACGCGAGCAGUCGAACGCACGCUACUUCAUCUCCGAGACCGCGACACCGCUGUCGGGCCUGCGCAGACGGAGGGGCUUCUGGAAUACCCAAGCAUGAGGCCCUCGUCCGCAGCCGCUGAGGUCGCCGCCCGGCAUCUCGUGGAGCGCUGGAGGGCGGAGCGUCUGCCAGGCUCAAUCUCCAGGCGAAGCGGUGCCUCUUCUGCCAGGUAUGCAAGUUCGGCUGUCCCGGCCUGGUCCGGCCACCGGCGUGAAGCAUUGACGGCCCGUGACCUGCUCCGGAGGCGAGGGCAGACGGCCAAUCUUCGCUAUCAAGAGGUGUCUGCGGCUGUGGAGAAGCACUCCGAUCCGAAGGAGAGCGUGGCCACGGAGCUGGUCCAGCAGCCAACCGUGGCAUGUGUGUUUACUCUCGAAAUGGGAAUCGUCAGCCUGGUUCAACAUGAGAAAAUGUACAUCCCCGCAGAGUCGCCUUGUGUGAUGAUCAAGUGGGACCGUGCCAACUGGCCUUUGUGGCUUAGCUGCGAGGGUCAUCAGAAAGGGAUGAAGGAGAAGCCCUCCCUCAUGCUGGAAUGGUCGAAAACCCGAUCGCUAAGAGACGCUUUGAGAGUCGAGAUCAUCUCCGAUCGAGCAUCGAUGAACGCUUUUGACACUGUCGUCUAUCACCGGAAGGAGCUGAAGACACUUCUGCCGCCCCUCACCAAUGAGCCCCACAUGUCGGUGGACAAGUGGAUCUACCAGCUCCAGAAGGCUGAGAGGGCCUUCGGCCAGAUGAUCUUCUUCUUGAGCCAUUCCUUGAACUGGUGCAAGGCUGUGGCUUGCCAAAGGCACAUGGCUGCCAUGUGGAAGAUGAUUUGCUUCGUGCCCCUCUUGCUUGCCGUCCAGGCACAGGGCGUUCCCGGAGAGGACCCGCUGGCUCAAUGGCUGGAUGACUUGAAGUUCAAUUUGCAGGAUGUGACACAGGAGAAGGCAGGCAUCACUGUCACAGCAUCGAAGCUGGUUUGUCAGAACUUGCAGCUGACAGACAUCCAGUCAGCAGUUCAAGGUGUUGGCCUGUCGGUUACUUUGAACGGUGUUGGCAUCAAGUGCACCGGACACUUCGAGUAUCAUGGCUUAGCCAUUGUGAGUGGUUCGGGAGAUCUUGAGGCAGUCGUGAAGAGCAGCCCCUCUUCUACAGCGACCGUUGCGUUGCAGGGCGGGAGCAUCGACAAGAACGUACCCUGGACGGUGGAUGUGUCUAGCUGCUCCGCUAGUAUUGACUUCAAGAUCAAAUUCUCAGGCUCCAUUAUCUACACCAUCGUGAAUCUCUUCCAAACCCCGAUCUCGUUGCUCAUCAAGUCACAAGCAGUCAAGCAAGCCUGCGAUCAGUUAAAGCAGAUGGCAGCUGGACCACUUUCGAAGAAGCUGGCUGUUUUCAAUCAUCUGAUGCUGCCACCAGGCUCAACGACCCUGACAAGCCUCUUGCUUGAAAGUCGCGCGGUAGAGAAAGCGGAGGAAGUCGAGGGCCUCAAGGUCACCUUCGACAGCGUUGCCGAUGACAUGUUUCAGGCUGAAUCCAAGGCCGAGGUCCCGGAGGUCCCUAAGAAUCUUCGCUACGACCGGAGGCUUCAGGAGGGCUCGGGCUCAGAUGCUCCUACCGUGGACUGGAGCCGCGACCGGUCCGUCAGCUGGAUGUCGUGGUUAUUGGACGACGUCAUUGGCCCAGAGAAGAUGGAUCAGGCCCUCCGCUGGGCCUGGAAGGGCGCCAAGUCUGUAGACAUCCCAGGUCCCGAGACACCUGUGGCAGUCAGUACCAUCCAACAGCCGGAUGCCGGCCUCGAGCUGAAGGUGCAGGCUUUCCUGAAGCAGGCCGUGAUCGAAGGGGCCGACGGCAUGUCUGCCUUCACCCCGGUGCAGGCCAUUGACCCCAACGACCUGCGCUUCAAGAUCAGCUGGGGUACCCCAGACAUCCCAGCCUUUGGCUUCGGCGUCGAUGUUCGUGUGACAGUGGAGGCCAUAGAUCUCCAAACCAAGCAGUCGCAAGCUUCAGUGGAGCAGGAGAUGAGCCUGCACCUGGCACUCUUGAAGCCUUCUCUAGAUGCCACUGGUGAGAUUCUCGUCCUGGAAAGUGAGUGGCCAGGCCAACAUACGCUGGCACAGUUCCUGGUGGCACCUCAAGCAUGCCUCACUAGCAUCUUUAAGUCGGCACCUGCCUUGAAGAAGCUACAGGUGCAGUUUGCCGGCAUCGCCGCCCCUCUGAGCUUCCAGGCGAAGACAGUUGGAGCUUUGGAGGCGUCGUUGGCGGCUUUGCUCAACAACGGCGUGGCCUUGUUCAACAAGGUUUACGAGCCACUGCUUCCUGGUGCGAUUGAGCGUUUCGCAGGCUCUGACGCACUCAUCAACCAGCUCAACGCCAAGCUGAAAGAGCAGCUGAAGCCCGGACAGUGCAUCAGCCCAACCAUGGCAUCGCAGCGUGCGAGGAAGACUGUUCCACAGUUCUACAGCGACUGGCCUCCGAUCUUCGACAACUAUCUGAGGAAGUGGAUUGACAACUUCUUCGAUGGCCUGAUUGCCGCAAAUACCACCACCAUAAACCAGGGCCUCUCCGACAUGCCGAAGCUGCCCCUGCCUUUGGAUGCAAAGUUUUCUCUGAGAGAGUUGCAGGCCACGGGUUUGGAUCAGGUGAGCAACCUCCGUGUCCUGGUGCCAUCUGAGACACACAGAAGCUGGCUGGGAAUGAGCGCCGUCUCGAAGUGCCCGAGCCCCCAGGCACCGUGGAAGCCCACCUUGGCCGUGAGCGGCGCUGUGGAGGCCGGGAAUUUCAAAGGCAACGGCUCAGUUAUCACGGAGAUGCCCUGCGGCACGGCCGAUGCGCAGCUAGACGUAGAGGUGGACAUGUGGGCUCUGCUUGACAUGCAGCUUCCGCCCAGCAUGACUUGUGCCCUCUUGUCACCCUUUGCCCACCUCGACAUCGAGACCUUGCACGCUACUUGGACAGGAAAUGGCAACAUCAUCGUGAAACCAGUUGAUGGACCUCCACAAGAGCCGGUGAAGCAGCUCUGUGAGUUGCACCCUCGUCUGUGCGAGCUGGGCGUGAAGUUCCGCGAGUACGUCUCGACGACAGAAGGUGCCUCCCGUUUGUACCACAUGGCCCGUGAUGUAGUCCUGGCACAGUGCACGGAUCUUCCCAAGUUGUCGGCAUCGGGGCAACUCGGGGCUCUGCCAAAGGAUGCUUUAGGUUACACAUAUGUUGCGGCUGACAACAUGAAGCUUUGGCUUGCUAGCGUCCUGAUUGUCAUGGCCCUCUCUGGCACAUACAGCUUCUGUGCUCAUCUCGGAAAGCUGAUUCGAAACGAUGACUGCGGUGAGGUGCUGCCGACGACACCGGUGCCCUUGGCCUCAAUUUGCUGGUUCGGGAGGGCACGCUCUCAAGUCGGCAUCCCCAAGACGGCGACGAUUUGCACUAGCACACUCAUGGCUGCUGGACUUGUAGCUCGCAUCCUCGCUUGCUUCUGGCUGCCCUUUGCGGCGGCUGGUAUGGCCGUCACUCAGGCCUCCGGCGCCACCGUCUUCCAGGAUGAUGCCUUGUUGGAAUACACCUUCUUCGGCAUCGGCGUACAAUUUGGAAAGGGGGGCUCCUUGUACUGCGAAACCUUGUGGUUCUUCAUGUCGCUCGGUUCCUCAUUUACAUCCCAUGCCAUUCUGGUGCUUGUUUGGUUAACGCCUUUCCUGGCCAAGCAUCGGCGACAGCUGCUGCUCCUUGCAUUGGUGCUUGGCCGUUUCCCUCUGUCUGAGAUGGAGACCACGGGCAACACUGCCAUGGCCUUGGGCGGUGACAUUCAGAUGCCCUUGGGCAUGACGCAGACGUUGGGCCUGGGCCUGCAGGCCGGUGCCUAUGCAUCUUGGUUCUCCUCGGUCUGCAGCUUGCUGGCCAACCUGAUCCUGCUCAAGGUCUUGCCUCGGCCUGUGAAGGAGAAAGAUUGGGCAGCCGGCAAGGCUCCGCUGAAGGUUACAGUCAUGCAGGGCCUGGCGAGCUGCGCAAUGAUUGCUGGCCUUUGCAUGUGGUGGUUCUGCGACUUCAUGCAAGCUGUCACUGGAGGAGUUGCCGGCACGCUCAUCGACCCAGUCUCUCUGAGUGCUUCCAGCUUGGGCAAGACCGACAUGGGGCUCAGAGUUAUGGUGAUCUGCACCGCAAUUGGCUGCCCUUUCCUGCACAUCGUCGCCUUCUUGCUUGGUCUCUGGGGAAAGGCUCCUGGCCUCGCAAGGAGCUUGGCGGGCUUCGCUGCGACCUUCUGCCUCUUGGACCUCUUCGCCCUGGGAUUUUUGAUCACUUUCAUUGAGGGUGUCAACGGCUUUGCCUCUUCCGCGAUCCGUGGCCUGGCGCCGGCAGUCUGCGAGGUGGCCAAGGAGGCAGUGGGGGAGGACUGUCUGACCAUGCAGAUCAACGUGGUCCCCCUGGGCACCAUCGGCUUGCUUUUGGCAGCGGGUGCCUGGAACGUCCUCCUCGGUGUGCAGGUCCUUGGAGUUGGCCAGGGCAAGGAGAAGCCAGAAGUGCGACAACCAUUGGUAGAAGUCGGGAGCGUUCCUUCCACAUUUCAGGAGUGCAGAGACCCGGUGGCGCCUGCAUGA